AUGCCCAACUUCCAGCGUCUAGUCCGCUUCCUGGCCAAGGACGGCCGCACCUAUUACGGUGACGCCAUUCUCCCCCAAGGCGUGAGCGACAUUUCUCAGGCCAGGCAGGCCCGCGUCAUCGAGGGCGACAUCUUUGGCAGACACGACGUGACAGAUGCGGUCGCCGACAUCCGCCUCCUGCUCGGCCCGUUGGCGCAGGAGCAUGUGCGCAGCGUCCGGUGUCUCGGACUCAACUACGCCCUGCACGCUAAAGAGGCUGGCAUGAAGAUCCCCGAGUAUCCGGUCCUGUUUUACAAGCCGCCCACCGCGCUUGCUGGCCCGACUGACCCCAUCCCCAUCCCCGCCCUGGCCCAGAAUCUGGAUGGCCUCGACUACGAGUGCGAAUUGGUCAUUGUCAUUGGCAAGAAGUGCACCAACGUGCGCGAGUCGGAGGCGCUCAGCUAUGUCCUCGGCUACUCGGUCGCCAACGACGUCUCGCAGCGCGAGUGGCAGAUCAAGAGGGGCGGUGGCCAGUGGUGCCUGGGCAAGGGCUUUGACGGCUGGGCUCCCUGGGGCCCUGGCAUCGUGUCCAGGGACGUCAUCGACCCUCAGAACCUCAAGAUCUCGACGAGACUCAACGGGCAGACCGUGCAAGAGAGCAACACGGCCGACCAGAUCUUCAACGUCAAGAAGACGAUUGCCUUUUUGAGCCAGGGCACGACACUGAUGCCCGGCGACAUCAUCCUCACUGGAACUCCCUCAGGUGUUGGCAUGGGCCGGUCCCCUCAGCUUUGGAUGAAGGAUGGCGAUGUUGUCGAGGUUGAGCUUGAGGGUGUCGGCAAGUGCGUCAACAAGGUCGAGACCGCCACCAAUCUGCUCAACGCCCUUCACCAAAAGCUGGCCGAGUGUCCGACCGUCCUCGCCGAGAUGGCUAGCACCCUGGUGUCAAGCCAUCCGCUGGCAGAGCAGAGACGACCCGACAUGGACGAUAUAGACAGCUGGGUGCCUCCGCACGGCAAGGCCAAGUCCCUCGAUGUGGUGCAUCUCGACGAGGGCUACUCUAGCAGCAUAAACUCCCUUCCCGGUCUCAGCAGAACGCGAAGCGUGCCUGGAGAUGACAGCCAGGACAAAGACUCUGUACGAGACCUUGACGUAGGGCCGGUCUCUGACGACCUCGGCGAAGUGGAUUGGACCCAGUACGACCCUCCAGACGCCCUGUUCGUCGUCGAGGAUGUCGAGUCGGAGAUUGUUUCCGAGAUCGUCGGCUCGUCCAUCGAAAACAUUAGAAGGCAGGUGCGGAUGAUGCACGAUGCUGUCCGCGAGGUAGAGGAGUUCGAAUCAAAGGGAAAGCAAAGGGCCGAGAAUGUCGGUCCACAGGCUGGCCACGGGCCCGAAACCCAGCAGCCCCCUUCGGAGUGGCAGAACGAGCCAUCAUUACUUACUCCCGACGUACAACCGGCCCAGGAACCGCGACGAUGGUCCGGAGGCUUUGCACGGAGGCUACUCCGCCAUGUCCAGGGCUCUGACAAGGGAGAAAGCAGUGCCAUGGGCGCCGUGCUAGGUCUGGUCGAUCGUCAGAGCCUCGAACGCCCGGCGAGCCGGGGGGAUACACCCCAGACGACCCCGGGUGAGGCCAGCUCCUCGAAACCGUCAUUCUUUGCCAAGCUCAAGAAGGACAAGGUCGUCGCAACAGUGUACGUCUCUCUACCCGAUGCCCGCCCGCGCCCCCUUUUCAACCACAUCUCAACCCCCCCCCAACUGACAAGUAUCAAUGCUCAAAAAAACAACAGCGAAUGCGUCUCGUGCUUCGAAGACGUCCCCGUCAAGGCGUCCGUCAAGACCGUCUGCCACAGCUAUUGCAAGGAGUGCUUCGCGCGCCUCGUCGAGGCGGCCCUCGACAACGAGGCCCAGUGGCCCGUCAAGUGCUGCCUCAACAACGUCCCCACGCGCACCAUCACCAAGAACGUGCCGGGCGACCUGCUCAGGCGCUACGCCGCCAAGGCCGGCGAGUUCGCGACCCCGGUCGGCGACCGCCUCUACUGCCCCGCCGCCGACUGCGGCCGGUUCGUGCCGCGCUACUCCCGUUCCGGCAGCGCAGCCGCCACGGCGGCGGCGCAGUGCCCGGCCGGCCACCGCAUCUGCCUGCUCUGCCGCGGCGAGGCCCACGGCGGCGGCGGCGGCGGCGGCACCGCCGCGUGCCCGGGCGACGCGGACACGCGGCUGGCCAACGACCUGGCGGCCGAGGAGGGCUGGCGGCGCUGCCCCCGGUGCGGCGUGCUCGUCGAGCACGGCGAGGCCUGCCAGCACAUGACGUGCCGCUGCGGCGGCGAGUUCUGCUACGUCUGCGGCGCCGCCUGGCGCUCGUGCGCCUGCAGCAUGGAGGACCUGCGCGAGCUCAAGCGGCGCGUGGCGGCGCAGCGCGUCGAGCGCGAGAGCCUCGCCUCGGAGGAGGAGCGCGGGCUGCGCGAGGCCCUCGCCCUCAUCGAGCAGCUCGAGCGCGACGAGGAGGCCCGCGCCGCCGAGUACCGCGCCGAGCUCGACCGCCUGGCCGCCGAGUCGCGCCGCCUCGAGCGCAAGGAGCGCCGCCUGCGCGAGCGCGCCCGCCGCAUCGCCGUGGCCAAGAAGUACCGCGGCGAGCGCGCCGCGCUCGACAGCCUGGCCUCCCGCCAGGCCCUCCUCCUGCGGCGCGGCCAAGCCGACGAGACGGCCCGGCUCGCCGCGCAGCAGGCC